AUGGCUGAAGGAAUGAUUUGUUCCGAAGAUAAGGGAAGAGGAGAAAGUUUGAGAGAUGUGGCAGAACGGUAUUUAUUCGAGCUAGCAAAUAGGUGUAUGGUUGAAGUGGAAAUAGACGAGUUGCCGCUAUAUAAUAGGUUUAAGUCAUGCCGGCUUCGUGAUAUGAUACGAGAUUUGUGUUUGUCAAUAAAAGGGAAAAAAGAAGGAUUUCUGGAGGUUAUAGAUAAAAAGAUGGGAGGAGAAGAGUCUUCAAUUUGUAAAACAAAUAGAUUGGCUAUCCAUAUGGAGGGAGUGGAUAACGAUCUUAGUUACAGGACUGGGGAAAACAAGAACAUAAGAUCUUUUCUAUUCCUCAAACCGGACUGGCGAGAUACAUUUUGGUAUAAUUACAUUACAUUUGGGAUUUUCAAAUCUCUCAAAGUCUUAGUAUUGGAAGGUUAUACAUUUGAGAAUAUUAAAUUGCCCAAAGGAAUCGAAAAAUUGAAGCUGUUGAAGCUAUUGAGUCUCGAAAAUAGUGGUGUGGAAGAAUUGCCACCAUCUAUAUGCAAGCUACCUUAUUUGCAGACAUUGAAUGUGAAAAAUACAAUGAGAUUACCUAAUUGUAUAGACAAAAUGAAGCGCUUGAGGCAUCUAUUUAUGAAAGAUGAUCAUGAGAGGAUUGGAGGCGAAAAAUUGAAAUUUGAAGGAUCGAAUGAAUUGGAGAUGGUUGAUGAUAUCUGGGUUGGUGAUGUGGUUGAUGAUAUCACUCAUCUUCUUAAAUUGCCAAAGAUGGACAUGGAUGUCAAUACGAAUCGGGAAGAUGGCUCAACUCUUUUCAGGAGGUUGGUGAUGUAUCACUCACUACAUUACUUGAGAAUCACACAUUGUCGAGUGAGCAAAUUACCAGCUUAUGAAGUUCAACUAUAUCAAAAUGUGAUAGAAUUGCAGCUUGUGGGUACAAGGAUUGAGGAAGACCCAAUGGAAAUACUAGAGAAGCUUCCCAUGUUAAGAGUUCUUGGCUUGUGGAGAAAUCCAUAUGUGGGCAGAGAGAUGGUUUGUUGGGCAACUGGAUUUCCUCAACUCAGGGAACUUGUUUUGCAUAGGUUGUUGAAUUUAAUGGGGUGGAGAGUGGAGAAAGGAGCAAUGCUCAACCGCUCCAGUCUACUUAUUGCAGAAUGCAGUAAAUUGAAGAUGAUUCCAGAUGAAUUGGAAUUCAUUAAUACUCUCCAAGAACUGAGAAUUAUAUCUAUGCCAGAAGAGUUUGUGAAGAGGGUAGGAGUGGUGGAUGGUGAAGGAGAAGAUUAUCACAAAAUCAGACACAUUCCAGAUAUUUUCAUUUAUACCAAUUAUAGGUGUCACUUAUUUAUAACUAUAAUUGAUGAAUGUAUAAUUAACUAG